AUGUCGGUCCAACAUCGAAGAAUUCCGUUUCUUUUGUUCACCGUCUCCAGUUUACUAUCAUUUUCAAUAGGUUCGUGACGAUUCAAUUCUCAAAACAUUCACAGAAUAGAGAGAGAGAGAGAGAGAGAAAAACAGGUUCUGUACAGUUUUACACUAGAACAAUACCCUUUCGCCCAGAACAAUCAUCCCCUUUUAUUCCAGCGGCUGACACGUGUCGGGACUUUGAUAAUAACUGCAGGGACUGGAUUACGGUCAAUCCGAACGCGUGCGAUUCCACAGAUUACAUAAAGAGAAGCUGUUUGAGGAGUUGCGGGCAAUGCGGCGAUGUGGACCCGAGUGAGUUCUCUUCAGAAGUGGUGAUCUGUUCUACUCGUGAACUUUAGAAUACGAUCUGCGCAGACUCUCUUCCGAACUCACGCCAAUCGGCUUCCUAGUCGGCAAAUGGCGGUCGGAGCACGGAGGAAAAGUAUCAUGGUUCAGCCGACUUCUUCUUCUAAUCCUUCUCGAUUCUAGGCCAUCUUCCCCACAAUCCCAAAGUUCACUUUUGGCGAAGAAAUUGAAAUUUCGAUCCCGGAUGACGCGAUGCAGGCGGCACAUGCUCUCAAUUACACGUGAGGCUUUCCCCCGUCCGAGUUCCUCUUUUGCAGACAUUUCCAGAGUUUAGAGCGUUCGCAUGGAGUGUAGAUAAGAGAGACGAGAAGAAUCCGAACAGGUUUCACUGUGUACUUCUAGGUUCCUCUUUUCAUUUUUGUCUCUUUCUUUCCUCGCUGGCAGUCUGUUAUCUUUGUGCAAUUGUCUGGUCUCUUUUUGGCGGGAAUAUGUCCGUGGGAAAAGGGAUAAGCGAAUCGGAGCACGAGGAAUGAAACAAACGAUUUCAGAGCGUUCGCCUGGUCGAUCAACGACAAAGACGAGUUGCACAGCGAGUACGGCUACAUUUCCGUGAAGCCGAACACGAAGGAAGUCGCCCUGACGACAGUGAUGAACAACGGAUUCGUGACCGUCGAGGAGGGGCCUGUGAACGGAAAUCAGAUUAGAUUCCGGCUGAAGGACAUCGGCAGAAUCAGUUUCAGCAGAGAUCUCCCCGUGCACGACGUGAGUUUGACGUCUUCCGCUUCUGUUCCAUUUCAACCCUUUUCCAGCUUGUUCGCGAGUGGACGCUUCUCGACCGAUCGACCCUCCAAGCCCGUCUGAACAUGGAGACGUUGACGCACGGCAUGCAGGAGCACACUUUCAUCCGAUACAAUAAAAUUGCUCCGUGA